AUGAUUGUUUCCAUGGAGACAGAUGGCAGCUUUUCCGAGGGCCCCACACUCACGCUCCUGCAGUCAAAUGACGGUGUGGGGGCAGGGCUUGUCAAGCCCGAGGAGGCAUGGCUUGGCUUCCGGGCCACAGUGAGUGCUGUGCUGCUGUUGGAGUUGCUGCUCGGCGUGGGCGGGAACCUGACGGUGUUGGUGUUGUACUGUGGCCACUGCAGCCUUCUCGAGUCGGUCAGCCAUGCUGUCACCCUCAGCCUGCAUAUGCUUGACCUGUUGCUCUGUCUGCUCUGCCUGCCCAUCACUGCAAUACUCCUCCUUCUGGGUGGAGCCUCCAGCCCUCAUCAUGUCCUGCUCUGCUGUCUCCAUGAAUCAGCAGCCACCUUCGCCAGUGUAGGAACUGCACUCAACCUGCUGCUCAUUAGCCUCGAUCGCUAUGACAUCAGUGUCCGUCCAGCCAAUCGUCUGCUUACACAACGGAGAGCAGCGUUUUUGCUAGCUGGAGUGUGGGUGGUGUCUUUAACCUUGCCGGUCUUGCCAUUUGUGGAGGCAGGACUUGGCUCUGGGGCAACACAUGGAUCACCUGUUUAUUCAAAUAGCACUCUGAUGUGUUCCCAGCUGGUAGGGACUCUGCAAGCUCAUCUCUUUCUGCAGGCUCCCAUCUUCCUGUGCUCAUUGGCUGUAAUGCUGUUUACUUACUCGCGCAUCCUGCAGGCCCUGCGCAUUCGUAUCGGACAUCCAGCCAGAGCACAAAGAGGCACCACGCGACUCGUCCGGCGCCCCUGGCAGCAUCGUAAGAGGUCUGCAAAGUCACCAGAUCACAUGACAAAGACUGUAUCUGUCUCUCCUCCUCCCCUCUCCACUGGACCACUUGUGGCUUCAGACACCAUCACCACAGUGACCAUGAACACAGAGACCAACACACCAUCAGUGAGCACUCCACGGAGUCCAACCCCCACCACUGCGACCACUGCAACCACACCCUUUACACUGACCCCGAAUGUAGGCUUCAUCCCUCUAAACCCCAGCCCCUCAAUAUCCACCAUAACCACACCUCUUAAGCAUACUACAUCAUCCACAGCCUUGCCAUGUAAUCCCAGUCCAACCAUAUCCACCACACCAUUGAGUCCCUCUGCUCCUCAUGCUCCACCUAGUGUUGGUGUAGGAGCCUCGGUGUCUGCCAUCUUGGCUCUGCGCCGUGCUGUGAGACGUCACAGAGACCGAAGGGAACGUCAGAAACGUGUCUUCCGCAUGUCUGUCAUCAUCGUUCUCUCUUUUCUGCUGUGCUGGGCUCCUCUGUCCAUUACACCACUCCUACAUCUGGCCAUCGGACCCUCUGAUUGGCUGGAACGCCUCAGGGUCUGCUUCCUUGUGCUUGCCUACUGGACAGUGGUGCUCCAUCCACUGCUGUAUGCGUUCACGCGGCAGAAACUGCGAAAAGUCCUGCACACACGUCUGCACAGGCUACGCAACAACAACACACACACCACGGGUCGGAUAAAGCAGAGGAAUCGACGCAAGCACAGGGCAGACUGCAGCGACACCACUGACCGCUGCCUGAUGGAGGCUGUCCGUGAGUGA